CCCAGAUUCUGUUCGAUUACUAUACUUUCCGUUUUUGUUGAUAUGGCCUACUCUGACUGACAUGGCUUCUUCCAAGCAAUCAGGUCGCCGGACUCGUCGUAGUCAUGCCCUGGGAGCCUGCAAAACAUGUCGUCGGCGUCAUGCCAAAUGCGACCAAAAGAGGCCUACUUGCCAGAUGUGUCGGGCAACUGGCGUGGUAUGUGAGGGGUUCGUUGAUGAGAUCCGAUGGAUGUCCGAUCGGAAGUCCCAGCCUUCUUCGGGGACAGCAACUGGCAAGGCAAAUGAUCCAGAGAAGCAAGGGCCUCGACGCCAUCUCUACACAGAGAAGUCAAGAGUCUCCAUGAGUGAUGCCUUGAGUGCAGACUUGGUGUCAGGCUCUAUUGAUGCCUCUUUGGCGGAGAUCGAAAAUAGAUCACGGGAUGCCGGGAGACCCUCACAGGGUGAUGUUGUAGUCGGGCCAUUCUCUGUGCUGGAUUUUAGUCUUACCGGCCCCAAAUCUGCAAGUAGGGCUCAGCCUGCUGACGAAACUACGGUCGCAAAUGAUAUGGUUCUAUCGUCCGGGAAUACCCUGCCUGAAGGGGCUUCCGGGGUCAGCCCAGCUCUGUCGCAAGACUCGCUCGCCUACAUGAAUGAUCUGCUGCAGUGGUCAGACAUUCUUAGCUUGGACCCUCAGUUGCAUAAUGCUACACUAUCUGGCACACUUGACCUGGGUGAUUGGUUGCCCCUCGAUUUAGGGACACAGGCCCCUAUACUUGAACAUAAUCUCCUUGGCGAAGCGCCUAAGAAUGACUGUGCUUCUAAGAUGAUAUCAGCAGUUGAUAACAAUCCACCUGAUGUACUAGCAGAUGCUCAUUUCCUAUUACGGCACUUUCAGGAUCAUGUUAUUUCACGUAUGAUGGCCGUUCCUUUAGACCAGAAGUCACCUUGGAAGAUACUCAAUGUGCCGUCUGCUGUUGUAACAUACAGCGAUAUCACUUUCCUCGGGUCUCAAAAUAUCACUCACGCUCGGUUGGCUAACCUUUACUGCCUAUUGGCCUGUUCGGCCCUUCAUCUAACAGUAAAUCCUUCCAUGAGGACCUCAGACUUGACGGAACGCUGGAAGCCGGUAGCAGAAUACGCUUACCAUCUAGCCAAAGACCAUAUGCAGAUGUCCUUGAAGCAUGAAACCCAAGAGCCAAAGAAGGCCAAAUACAAGGAUCAGUUAAUGGCAAUCUGCGCUUUGACUGAGUUUGCUGUUCUAAGUGGCCAGCAGCAGGACGCGAGGUGCUACAUGAUUGAUGCUGAGCGGCUCCUACGCCUCCGAGGUUUGCCAAAACAACGCAUCUCUCAGAAAGCACGCCUGUUACACCAUACAUAUACUUGGCUACGGAUAGUAGGCGAGAGUACCUACGUUUUGCACAACUACACACCGUCGGAUACCUUUAUUGAGGCGCUCAAAUACCGGUUUCGAUACCAGAGAGGCGAGAACACUCAGGCAGCUGGUUACCGAACAUCACGCUUGGACGACUUCUUGCGCCUCGAUCGGCGGCCGUCCGAUAGCGACCUGGAUAUUGACGAGCCAAAGGAAGCUGAUGUUGGCUUAUAUGACAUCCACCUGCAGGAUUCGCGGAAAUACCCUGCCACACUAUACAACCAGAUCUACGGAGUAUCCGAGACGUGGCUUAGCUUGGUAUCUCAGACAACGCGCUUGGCCAACGUAAUGGAGACUUUUCGAGUUGCGCGCGAGAUGCAUCCAGGAAUAAACGCAAGUCUUGAUGCAUGGGAAGCAUUGCACCGGCGCAGUGCUCGCCUCGAGAAUAUGGUUUGUACCUUUGCCUCUAGGAAAACGGAAGAUAAUAUUUGCAAUUCGGCGAAUUUACUGGCCAGGUCACAUGGGUGCCUUCUACAGGCUUUGAACUCUGCACUGGUUAUCUUCUUUUACAGACGAAUCCGUCAGGUCCACCCGGCUAUUUUGGAGAGCCAAGUGGACAAGGUGAUCUCGGCAUUGAACGAGUUUGAUGUAGCGUUAGUGGAAGCCGACCAGACUGGCCCAGGCACUGUAUGGCCUCUGUUUAUUGCUGGGUGCGAGGCUACGACGCCCGCUAGGCGGCAAUCGAUCACGGCGCUUCUGGACAAAGGAGAGGCACGAUGUGGAUUUUCUGCCUACCAAACUGUCCUGGAUGUCAUGAAACAAGUCUGGGACAAACAGGAUGCACAUUUCACGCGAGGCAGAGGAGAGACGUUUCCGACUUGGCUUGAUGUCGUCAAAGGCAAACAAAUAUGGCCUAUCUUAACAUGA